GUCCAUGGGGGAGAUGCAUGGGAGAUGAAUGUGGUCCAGGUGGCAUCCAGACGCGAGCGGUGUGGUGCGCCCACGUGGAGGGCUGGACCACACUGCCCACAAACUGCAGGCAGCCAGAGCGGCCGGACAACCAGCAGAGCUGCUUUCGGGUCUGCGACUGGCACAAGGAACUGUACGACUGGCAGAUCGGCAGCUGGAACCAGUGCCGGCCCGUCCUCUCCCGGAGCCACGAGAAGCCCCUGGAGUGUGUCAGAGGAGAAGAAGGGAUCCAGACAAGGGACAUCACCUGUAUCCAGAAGUCCAAUGGGGUGCCAGCUGAGGACGUCAUCUGCGAGUACUUUGAGCCAAAGCCCCGCCAGGAGCAGGCAUGCCUCAUCCCAUGCCGGCAGGACUGCAUCGUGGCCGAAUUUGGCCCCUGGUCGGAGUGCUCAAAGACCUGCGGCAACGGGCUUCAGCAUCGAACUCGGCACGUUGUGGCUCCACCGCAGUUCGGUGGGUCUGCUUGUCCUAACCUCACCGAAUUCCAGAUCUGUCAGUCUAGCCCAUGUGCUGGUGAAGAAAGCCUGUAUAGCCUAAACGUGGGACCCUGGAGUGCGUGCUCAGUGCCCCAUUCGAGACAAAUACGGCAGGCGAGGAAACGAGGGAAGAACAAAGACAAGGAAAAAGACAGAGAAAAGGCAGUUCGGGAUCCUGAGGCUCGGGAGUUAAUUAAGAAGAAGAGGAAUCGAAACAGACAGAAUAGGCAGGAGAACAAAUAUUGGGACAUACAAAUUGGGUACCAAACCAGGCAGGUCACAUGUACUCACAGAAAUGGGAAAACUGCUGCUCUGAGCUUUUGCAAACAAGAGAAGUUGCCCAUUACGUUCCAGUCCUGCGUGAUCACGAAGGAGUGCCAGGUGUCAGAGUGGUCAGAAUGGACCCCCUGCUCCAAAACCUGCUUUGACAUGACAACCCCCAAAGGGAAUCGUACGAGAGCACGGACCAUUAAACAGCUCCCUAUUGGCAGUGAAAGCGAAUGCCCACAAUUAGAAGAAACAGAGCACUGUGUUUCUCAAGGAGAUGGUGUGGCACCGUGCAUUACGUAUGGUUGGCGGACCACAGAGUGGACAGAAUGCCGUGUUGAUCCUCUCCUUAGCCAACAGGACAAGAGGCGAGGAAAUCAGACGGCGCUGUGUGGAGGUGGCAUUCAAACCCGGGAAACGUACUGUGUGCAAGCUAAUGAAAAUCUACUCUCCUAUUUAAAUACCCUCAAGGAAAAAGAAGAAAGUCAGUCACAGAGCAAGUCGAAGGCUAGUGCUGCACCUCUGCUAUCGAUCACUUUUGAAAUAACAGCCUCGAGGCCAGUGGACCGUAGGCUGUGUACAGGACCUGUUCCCAGCACCUCCCAGCUGUGCCAUAUCCCCUGUCCUACAGAAUGUGAGACCUCAGCGUGGUCAGCCUGGGGACCGUGCACCUAUGAAAGCUGUGAUGACCCACAGGCCAAGAAGGGCUUUAAACUAAGGAAACGACGCAUCAUCAAUGAACCUACGGGAGGAACAGGAAACUGCCCUCACCUGCUGGAAGCCAUCCCGUGUGAAGAGCCCUCCUGCUACGACUGGAAAAUCGUGGGACUGGAGGAGUGCAUUCCUGACAAUGAGAAGCCAUGUGGCCCUGGUACGCAGGUUCCUGUUGUCGUCUGCAUCAACAGUGAUGGAGAAGAGGUUGACAGACAGCUGUGUAGAGACGCUAUCUACCCAAUCCCGGUUGUCUGCGAAGCUCCAUGCCCGAAGGACUGUGUGCUCAGCAUGUGGUCCGCAUGGUCCUCCUGCUCACACACCUGCUCCAGCAAAACCACAGAAGGGAAGCAGAUGCGUGCCCGCUCCAUUCUGGCGUAUGCAGGUGAAGGAGGAGUACAGUGCCCGAAUAGUAGUGCCCUACAAGAAACGCGCAGCUGUAACGAACACUCUUGCACUGUGUAUCAUUGGCAGACUGGCCCGUGGGGACAGUGCAUAGAGGAUACGUCUGUCUCUGCUUUCAACUCCUCUGCCAGCUGGAACGGGGAGGCCACCUGUUCCGUGGGGAUGCAGACAAGAAAGGUCAUCUGUGUGAGAGUCAACGUGGGACAAGUGGGCCCAAAAAAAUGCCCUGAGAGCCUCCGACCAGAAACAGUGAGGCCUUGUCUGCUUCCCUGUAGGAAGGACUGUAUCGUGACUCCAUUCAGUGACUGGACGUUGUGUCCUUCUUCGUGUCAAGAAGGGGAUGUCACAGUAAAGAAGCAAUCCCGUCACCGAGUCAUCAUCCAGCUCCCCACCAACGGUGGUCGAGAAUGCCCAGACUCUCUGUUCGAGGAAAAGGAAUGUGAAGCUUCUCCUGUUUGCUAUAGCUACAGGUGGAAGUCCCACAAGUGGCGCAGGUGCCAGCUAGUACCAUGGUAUGUGCGCCAAGACAGUCCAGGAGCACAGGAGACUUGUGGACCUGGACUACAAGCUAGAGCAAUUACUUGUCGCAGACAAGACGGAGGACAGGCUGACAUCAGUGAGUGCCUUAAAUACUCUGGCCCAUUACCAUCCUUAACACAGACGUGCCAGAUUCCCUGCCAAGAAGACUGUCAGUUUACGAACUGGUCAAAGUUUUCUUCCUGUAAUGGGGACUGUGGAGGAGUCAGGACAAGAAAACGCACUCUUGUCGGAAAAAGUAAGAAAAGGGAUAAAUGCAAAAAUUCUCAGUUGUAUCCUCUGAUUGAGAAUCAGUUUUGUCCAUGUGACAAGUACAGUGCUCAGCCUGUGGGAAACUGGUCAGACUGUAUUUUACCAGAGGGCAAGCUGGAAGUAUUGAUGGGAAUGAAGGUACAAGGAGACAUUAAGGAAUGUGGACAAGGCUAUCGUUACCAGGCUAUGGCGUGCUAUGACCAAAACAAUCGACUUGUGGAAACAUCACGAUGCAACAGUCAUGGUUAUAUUGAGGAAGCCUGUAUUAUUCCAUGUCCCUCAGACUGCAAGCUCAGUGAGUGGUCCAACUGGUCUCGCUGUAGUAAAUCCUGUGGGAGUGGGGUAAAGGUUCGUUCUAAAUGGCUCCGUGAAAAACCGUACAAUGGUGGAAGACCCUGUCCAAAGCUAGAUCAUGUCAAUCAGGCUCAGGUAUAUGAGGUAGUCCCCUGCCACAGUGACUGCAGACAGUACGUAUGGGUUACUGAGCCCUGGAGCGUCUGCAAGGUGACCAACGUGGACUUAAAAGAGAACUGUGGAGAAGGUGUUCAAACGAGGAAAGUCAGGUGCAUGCUAAAUACUGUGGAUGGUCCUUCUGACACUGUAGAGGAUUACCUGUGUGAUCCUGAAGAGAUGCCACUUGGUGCUAGAAAAUGCACGUUACCAUGUCCUGAGGACUGUGUUGUGUCUGAAUGGGGAUCAUGGUCUCGAUGUUCUUUGCCAUGCAAUGGAAGUAGUGUCCGUGAAAGGUCAGCUGAAUCCCUGAGACAACCAGAUGAUGGAAAGUCCUGUCCUGCUGCCACCGAGACAGAAGCCUGCACUUUGAACAAAAACUGCUACCACUAUGACUACAACGUGACAGACUGGAGCACAUGUCAGCUCAGCGAGAAGGCUGUCUGUGGUAACGGUAUCAAAACACGGAUGCUUGAUUGUGUUCGCAGUGAUGGCAAAUCGGUUGACCUGAAGUACUGUGAAGAGCUUGGUUUGGAGAAGACAUGGCAAAUGAAUACAUCCUGUGUUGUGGAAUGUCCUGUGAACUGUCAGCUCUCUGACUGGUCCCCGUGGUCUGAGUGCUCUCAAACAUGUGGCCUUACAGGAAAAAUGAUCAGAAGGAGGACCAUAAAUCAGCCAUUUCAGGGUGAUGGGAGGCCUUGUCCCUCUCAGAUGGAGCAGUUCAAACCCUGUCCAGUAAAACCUUGUUAUCGAUGGCAAUAUGGUCAAUGGUCUGCAUGCAAAGUAGAGGAUGCUCAAUGUGGAGAGGGAACACGAGUGAGGAACGUUUCCUGUGUGGUUUUUGACGGAUCCAUUGAAGAUACUGGCAAAGUAGUAGAUGAGGAAUUCUGUGGAGAAAUAGAGCCUAUUAUAGAUGGUAAUAAGAAGAUGAUACUUGAGGAAACCUGCACUGUCCCGUGUCCAGGGGACUGUUACUUGAGAGAGUGGUCAGAAUGGAGCCUUUGUCAGCUAACCUGUGUUAAUGGUGAGGAUCUUGGCUUUGGAGGGAUACAAGUCCGGUCUCGGGCAGUGAUCAUACAGGAGUUAGAGAAUCAACAUCUCUGUCCAGAACAGGCUUUGGAAACACGACCAUGCAAUGAUGGCCAGUGCUAUGAAUACAAGUGGAUGGCUAGCCCAUGGAAGGGAUCUUCUCGAACUGUGUGGUGUCAAAGGUCAGAUGGUUUAAACGUCACAGGGGGCUGUUUAGUGAUGCACCAACCAGAUGCUGACAGGUCAUGUAAUCCACCGUGCAGUCAACCCCACGCUUACUGCAGUGAGACUAGAACAUGCAGUUGUGAAGACGGAUACACUGAAGUUAUGUCCUCCGAUGGCACACUUGAACAGUGCACUCUCAUCCCAGUGGUGGUGAUCCCCACCAUGGAGGACAAAAAGGGAGAUGUGAAAACCAGUCGAGCUGUGAACCCUACCCAGCCCUCCAGUAACCAGUCAGGACGAGGAAGGACCUGGUUUCUACAGCCUUUUGGGCCAGAUGGGAGGCUGAAGACCUGGGUUUAUGGUGUAGCUGCUGGUGCAUUUGUUUUACUCAUCUUUAUUGUUUCUAUGAUCUAUCUAGCCUGCAAAAAGCCAAAGAAGCCCCAGAGAAGGCAGAACAACCGACUGAAACCUUUAACCUUGGCUUAUGAUGGUGACGCAGAUAUGUAAAAUAUAACUUCUCACGGUGAUAAAUGGAGUCUAAAUUAAUGCAUUGAAAUCAGAAGGUAUCCAAAGCCACAGGGAUUUUCUAUGGAGUGGAUUAAGUGUUUUGACUUUUUCUUUUUUGUAACUGCAUCAUAGAUAAAGAAGGAUGGAUUUCAUAAUGCCUACGGAUAUUGAAGGUAUUAUUGCUUUACUUUAGACCAUCAGCACUGAGAAAUCUGGCAGAAUCACAUUAACAGACAUUGCAGUUGGAGAUUUGUGGUCUUUCCUCAAUCUUACAAACUAUAAGCACCACUUCUGUCUCCAGAGUACUGUAGCUGACAUAGUAUUAACAGUUGGAAGCCCCUGCAACAUUAACGAAGUAUAAUCAGUACGCAUGAAGAGUUUGUACCAAGCUGUCUAUGACUCUUUACAUUCAAGCAUAACGUAUAUACUCAGUUGAGCCAUAUGUAUUACUCUAUC